GAAAGCCUGCUGCUUGCAAGAGCUGUGCAACACUUCUAUAAAAAAAGAAGUUCAGUGGUGACCAUGAUGAUGUCACUGCUAUGUUUGCAUACUGAACUGUGAUUGGUCUGUUUCAUACAUCACCUUUAAGGCGAUAGCAAAUAUCCGAGGGUUUUCCAGUCGUCUUCUGAAACUGCUCUUGUCUAUACCAACUGUAAUUCUCUUUGGGACAAAAACAAGGAUUUCUUUUUUAAUCCGUAGCUUAAAGUAGAUUCAAGAUCUUCUGUGUUUGAUGUUUGCUGGUGUUAAGAACUGACAACUUUCUUAAUCAUCUUCUUUUUCUAAAUUAAAGAAUGUCAAGCACAAGUUCAUCUGGAUCUUUAUUUUGUCGCCUAGCAUCUAUAGUGGCUAUUGCUUGUUUCGUCUCUCUGAGCACUAUGUUCUUCUAUACUUCACCUAUGAUCAGCCGCCCACCGCCAUUACCUGCACCUAAACAUUACUUGGAAAGAACCUACACGAACCUAUCUAACUCCUCCUUAAAUGCAAAGGAAGAGAAACCAGUACUUUUGUUAUGGGUUUGGCCUCAAGAUUACCAUUUCGAUCUGAGCGACUGUAAAACUAUUUACAACAUUGACGGCUGUCACCUGACGGAUGAUAGAUCUCUCUACAGCAACACAGAUGCUGUGCUUAUUUUUCACAGGGCUAUUAGUCCUGAUCUGUCCACACUUCCUCCAUCUCCUCGCCCUCCGUUUCAAAAGUGGAUAUGGAUGAAUGUUGAAUCGCCAACUAACACACAGAAAAUCCCAGGAAUUGAAAACCUGUUUAAUCUGACUCUCAGUUAUAGAGAGGACUCUGACAUUCCUGUCCGGUUACGACUGACCAGCAGAAAGAUCCCAGAUGAGAAUUUUGAAAUUCCCAAAAAGGAAAGACUCGUCUGUUGGGUUGUGAGUAACAAUUUGGAUUGGACAGGCGUAGGCACGAGAAACGCUUAUUUCCACGAACUUAGCAAGCAUGUCUACGUACACGUGUAUGGAAAAGCUUAUGGAUCGUUCCUGGAUUAUAAAGACUACUAUCCCACCAUAGCCAGCUGUAAAUUUUAUCUCUCCUUCGAGAACUCCAUUCACAAAGACUACAUCACUGAGAAGUUAAAUGGACCUCUGGCAGUAGGUACUGUACCUGUGGUGCUGGGACCUCCACGAAAAAACUAUGAAAGGUUUAUACCGGGUGACUCAUUUAUUCAUGUGAAUGACUUUCCAGAUCCAAAGUCACUAGCAGAAUACCUUAAGGGUCUGGACGUGGAUGACGAAGCAUAUCGCAGGUACUUUAACUGGAGGAGACAUUUCUCAGCUCGACCUCAUUUAAUAUUACAGAACCAAGAGUUUGUUCUGGCUAUUUGUACGGCCUGUGAUUAUGUAGGAAGACACAAGGAAUAUAAACAAGCUCACGAUAUCUAUGAAUGGUUUUUUAACUAAUGUCAUCUCAGUUACAGGUAUUUUGAUCAAUUUUAAUUAUUGCCUCAUGACUGUAUUUUUUCUCCUUAGGAAAUUUAUAGUUUAUGAGCUCUAUAAAAUAGCAUUUUAUAUUUUAGCACAGAUUUCGAAGUUUGUAACAAAUCAUAUGAUUUCAAUACAUUUUUCGUUUCUUUUCAUAUUGUACUUUUAUCUGAAUCUGAAUCAGAUUUGGUUCUUUGUCCAGUUCCUCAGUUCUGAAUAGCUUUGUAUAAAUUUAAAUGUGAAUGUAAAUGUGCAUUUGUGUGUUCGUCGUUCACAAGGAUGCAAAUGUUGGCAAACGAGGCCGUAUAAUAUAACCCCUCAACUCUGGGAAUUUUGAUGUGGGGUUCAGAUAAGGACACCGAACAUAAAAAAAGCAUAAUACGCAGCCACAGAAAAAAGUUUAUAAAAGUUAAUAAAAGUUUAGAUCGGAGCAUUAAAAAAUCUGUGUAAAUAAUUUAUGUACCAUUUGACCAGCCCAAACAGAAGACUGAAAUGUGUGGGUGGAGUGUAAUAACAUUUUGUUAACACUGACAUGAUUAACUCUCUCAAUUAACUUCAACUCUGAACAAACAAUUUACUCUAAAUAUGUUAAAUUGACUCUUUAGGUGUUAAAUUUAACUGAGAAAUGUUUAACACUGAAAAUACUUUCCAAUUUUUGCUGUGUACAUUUAACUCCUGUCUGUGAUAUCAAAUUCAUAAAAUGCUAAAUACAAUUAAAACGUUUUCGAUAAAAUAACAUUAUUUCUAGAUUAACAUUGGUUGUACCAACUGAUACCGAAAGUGUGCCAGCCUACCCGUUACAUUAAAGUGGCUAUUUUUUCAGUAUUUGAGAGAAAUCUACUAAAUUUUCAUUCAGCCAUAAAGACCAUCUGGGGUUCACUUGAUGAUUUAAUAUCAUGUUUACAGUUUAUGCUUGUGAAGUUCUUAAUAAAAGGCCCAUGAUUGCGGUUGUAAUACCUUAACAUUUAAAGGAACAGUAUGUAGGAUUGUGGCCAAAACUGGUAUUGCAAUCACAAAACUUGUGGCUAAAACUGGUACUGCAAUCACACAACUGGUGGCCAAUACACAAAAUGACAACAUAAACAUCAGUUGAGGGCUGCAACUCCACUUUUUAAAUGACAAUAUCCUGGCCAGAUCACUGUUUUCAGUGAUAUAAGUAUUUGAAAUGAAAAUGAUUUCUUAAUGUCUAGUGACAUAUCAGGGCCAUUUUAUGAUUAAUUGAUA